CUAUGCUAAGCUGUUCAGGCUCAAGUACAGCAGGCAAUCGGGAGACUAAGGCUGGCUGGUGGUGGGUGCCCAUGGGCUGUACGCUUUUAGGACUGGUGGUGAACUGGCACUGACGCUGCUGUCUGUUAGGUUGCUGGCACCUGCAUCAUGGCACAUGGCACCUCUUACCUCACCUUACUCUUACAGUUUACUGCUCUUUUCAUCCAUUGCAAGCAUUUCACAGUACAGUACAACACGGUAGGUACCCUUACACAGCCUUCCACCCGUUCCUUCCAUCCCACUCUUACCUUACCUACCUAGCACCUACCUUACAUUCCCACACACCUCACCUCUAACACCCCGGCUGCUCCUCCCCUCCCCCAUCUGAGCUGCUCCCGCACCGCACCGCACCUGCCUGUGGAUUAGGUUCGCUUGUAUUUAACAAUGCCAUCGUCCCCAGCUCCUUCUCGAAUCCCCUCUUGAUUCCCUUUCGGUCAUCUACAACAAACAUCUUCGUCUUUACAAGUCAACACCACGUUCGCUAUCCUCCUCACCCUCCUCACCUCUCUCAACUCUCUUAGGAAGUCCUCGUCGACUCCUGUCACUCGCUUUUUAUUUCACGGUGCUUUGGUUCUGGAACAACGAUCCUCCUUCACGAUACGCUUCUCAACUCAUAUCUCUGGGUAUUCAAUCGUUUCCCAUUGUGUAUAAUCAGGAACAAACACGAAGUGCAGAGACCAAUUCUCAGAUAGAGACCACGGCUUACACCAAAACCUUCUGGACUCCAACUCAAUCUGUCAAUAAUCAACUACCGGCUCAAGUGGAAACGAGGCUUCUCAAGUGCACUUACAUGGUCAUCUUGGCUUUCGAUUCUACAAUCACUUGAUAUCCUCACUUCUGCAUACCCACAGUCGCUUCCAAAGCUAUCACAACUUCUCUCCAAAGGGAGGAAACCCAAAUUAACCGCCAUAUUCGAUCGCUACCACUCGUUUGGAAGACUUGGAUAUAGACUAUCUACUGUACCACGCAGCAUCACUGGUCAAGGUUUUAGAUAUCUCUUCAACUCAUCUGGCCUUGAUCAUCCCUGCUCCGUAGAGUCCAUCGAGCAUCUCAGUCACAUUAGAUUGUUGAAGCCCUCCGUGUAUAAGUUUGAAUCCUCGACUUGCACCUCAGUACAGCCUCUCGACGCUCUACGCUGAAUUGUUGUCUAUUACGAGACCCCAUUCACGAACUAUCUCUAAUUCGGACUCCUUGGAUCGAUUCCUGGAAACCGAUUGACUGGGUAGAUCACUUGCUGCCCUUGUCACUCCAACGCUCGCUAUAAAUCCACAAGCUUGUCUUUGUGGAUCACUUCGUUUCUAAUUUACAGAUACCUCUGUAACAUUUGCAAAAUGGCUGGUCCCGGUGGUGGUCCCCCUCGCCGCAGCCACACCAAGUCUCGCAAGGGCUGUGAUACCUGCAAGCGCCGCCAUAUCCGAUGCGAUGAAAACUUCCCCCAAUGCCGAAAUUGCACCAAGCACAAGAUUCGAUGCCCAUACAACGACGUGCAGGUUCCUGAUGCUGAGCGCUCUACAACUCCCGACAAGCCAGACCUGAUGUGGACACCCCAGAUUGAAGCCGCCAUUGCUGAAUGGCAAACGACAGGCAUCUUCCCGCUCCCCAGCCUGGGAAUAUACCCUGCCCCAAUGCCACAUCUGUACUCUGUUGAAGAUCUCCGUCUGAUCUACCACGUUGCGACGCUAUACUACCAACUAGCUACCAUCGAUGCUAAUAAUUUCACCCUUUGGACUCGCCAUAUUCCAACUCUUCUUCGAAUUGGUGCCACGACACCCUAUGUGAUGCACGCUCUGCUCGCUUUCUCUGCUAUGCAUAUUGCUUUCCUCACCGACUGCCCUCUAGUUGGCAGCAUGGCCUAUGAGCACCGCGGCAUUGCCCUCAAGGGGCUCCAGGAAGCCAUUGGGUCUUUCUCCCGAGAGACAUCGGAUGCUAUCCUCGCUGCCUCCCUCGUUCUCUCCUGGCAGGCCACUGACUGGCGCAGCUGGACCCAGUUGAUGCAAGGCACUUCAUCGGUGAUCGAUGCCAUGGACCCCUGGAAGCAUGAGUCCCAGUUCGGAGACUUCAUCGCCGAGAGCAGCACGUUCCCAACCGCCCCGCCAUCUCCCGGAAAGGAUCAUCGCCCAAGCCAGCCUCGCCCUGAGGAUCUGGAGGCCUACCAGCGCACGCUCGAGCAGAUUCAAAAAGUCGAGGCACACCUCAAGUACCACAAGGAAGAUACUACACAGAUUCAGCAUCUCAUUGGCUUCCUCCGAGGCUCCCGCAAGAUCAGCCCUACGCUCUCCAUUGCUCAGCAAUUUGAGCGUCUUCAGCCUCUCCGCAAAUGGCUCUUCUGGAUGCCCGUGGGUUACCUGCAGAACUACCAUGGCUCUCCCAACUCGCUGGUCAUCAUUGCUUAUCUGUAUACCGUGGCUCUCCUCAUGGAACGGCUCUUCCCAGAGAUUGGCGCCGCCUAUUUUGGCAGUUUGUCUAUUUCUCCCGUUGAAGAGAUUGCUCGGCGACUCAUGUCGAUCAAUGUUUCUGGUGUCGGAAGCGAGAUGCAAACUCCCUUGACCCUUAUGGAGUUCCCUAUCGACACAGUCAGCCAGUUUCGGUCGCGUAUGGGAUGGAUGCACCCUGAAAGAACUCCCUCUUUCCCUCAGUUCAAUCCUCGCAAUUUCACUAUCCAGGAGGAGGUGCCCACCCAUGAGUCGUAUCUGUACGGAAAUCCUGCUUUCAGCUACAGCACUGAGGAAAUGCCCAUGCUCAACGCAUCCGGACCACCUUCUGCAGUGAGCCCCCUGGUCUUGUCGCCGUAUCCAAGCCAGCAGUACCUCAAUGUUCCCUCACCAGCGUACAAUGGAGCUUACAGCCCAGCAUCCUCGACUUUCGAGGGCUCUGUCGCAUACAGCGAUACCGAGGAGUAUAGAUCAUGGGACAUGAACACUCUACAAGGCGGGCCAUCCUCAUCAAUUCAGGACUCCCCUCAAAACUAUGGCGUCGGGUUCGUUACUCCUGUCCAGGCUGUGUGGAUCUAGGCUCCUCGAGACGACCACUGGCUCAAUUUACACAAAGAACAUUAGGGGAUUGACCGUUACCACCCAGGAUGAACACGACACCUACAUACCCGCCUCCAGAGGACCCGAGUCUAUACAUGACUUCCAUGACGAGCACCCAAUCUCCAUAUAUCAAGUCAGAGCAAUUCGGCAUGCUUCCUCUCCCCGAAUCUCCCCUCUCGUCGAACGCGCCGCUCCCACGACAUCGCCAUACCUCGUCCAUGUCCUCUGCCCCGCACCCACCUUCUCCUCUGGCACGACCCCCUGUGAUGCACCAAUAUGACGACAAUACCCGACGUCGAGCCACCUGAUACCAAGUCCGACUUCGAUUCACCACCGAUCUGUUUUUACUGUUAUGAUUUAAUUCGAUAUUCUGCUUUUUCCGAAAACGACGCAGGCGCCAUGUAUAUCACACUCCUUCAACGCUCGCUACACCCGAACCUCCACGUCAACGACGCUGACACUCCCUACCACUCGACUAACACGCGCAUUUGGAAGUGCCGUGUUAUAUUCCACACUCCUUAUGAUACCCGCCCUCAGAGGAACGACAUUCCUUCAUACCAUGAUACCCGAUAGACACUCCUUUAUGACGACUUAUGAGAUUUCGAUCGGUUAUAGAAUUCACUCCUUACGGUUUCCGCCAAAGAUGGCGGAAGAACCGUAUCCGGAAAGCAUAGCGACUGUUUUUUGUUUUUUUACUGCGCCUGGAAAAAAGUUUGGCGUUGAAAGGAGUUUUGAGAUAGCAUUUGUUUGGCGCUUUGAAUCAUAUUUUAUUGUUUGAUGUAUGUAUGCUUGGGAUAGGUGCUUGCAGCGCCCCGACUCUUCGCAGAGCCUGGAGCAGCGAUGGAACAACACGGAACAGAAGCACAGUUGCAUUUUGACUUGGAUUUACCUGGCUCUUCAAGAGAGGCCAUGGCUGGAUAUGUACGCUUGGAUGAUAUGAAACAUGCGAUGGAUAUCGUGUGAGGAUAGACUGCUUGUUUGCUGUAUGUUAGCUACGAUUAUGUUUUUGGAUAUGUAGAGAAGAUUGAUGUCUGAUGGCAGUUCUUUUAUGAUCCGCCCGGAGGUUAAUUGAUAAUCUACGAUGUUUACACUCAUUAUGCUAUUGGUACG